AUGAAAUCGAUAAACACCGCCGACCUGCAAUGCUUGAUCAUCGAGCAGCUUGUCCUCUUCGAUGUCAACGAUAUACGUGGACCUUUGAAGAUGAGAUUGGUGAAUCGUGAGUGGAUCUUCUCUUGUCUCGAUCCUUACCUUAUUUUGGGGGUCUGAAGAGGACUUGGAGAGUGUACGACUAACAUGAGAACGUACUGUAGACUUCUGGAACAGAAACCUCACGAAGAUUAUGAUUGCACUCUCCAACGAAGCGUCCCUGAGACCGUUCACUCGCCCGGGAAGAAAGUGUGUCAAGGGCCUUUAUCAACGGAAGACACUUGAUAAGAUUCGAAAGGGCGAGCAGUGGGUGUGGAAAGUACUUCUUGGGAAUGUUGUGGAUGGGUUUUUGGCGAGAUUGGUGGCUAUGCAGGGAGAUGUACAAGAUGAUGAUCCAACAGGAGAAGAUAUGGAGAUGAAGAUGAAAGCGGAGCGAGAGAAAAUCCAGAAAGCCAUUUGUCGACUCAUGACAGAUAUGGGAUUCGAUUGGUUUAGGAUUGAUGAGGUCGCCCGAAGGGUUGGAAACAAGGCGCCUAAAGGCAAGAAGAAAAAUAACGUGGAUUGCGAAAUCUCGAAACUGAUUGUUGCGAUGCUCUCCCAGGGUUAUGAGGACUUUGUCCAGGAGAUUUUGGGGCAGGUGAAAACUCGAGGGGGCUUGAACAUCAAUUUCGAAACCAGUGCUUUUGGGACUCCUUUGGGUGCUGCUGCUACCCUGCAACGAAAGGACUUGGCCGAAGCGCUUCUAGAGAAGGGAGCGGAUCCGAUGAAAUGGUCGACGACAGAGUGGACUGCGAGGGAAGAAGCUGCUAAGAAGGGGAACAUAGAUAUUCUUCGACUGUUCUACGAUCAAAAGUUUCCAGCGGUAGCUGAUGCGUUCGAUGAUGAGGAGAGAGAUUGCCAUCGCGACUACGAUAUUGCGAUGGCGGCUGCUUACGAUCCGCGCUGCUUUUCAGAUGUCGUGAAGUUCCUUUUCGAGGUUCAUGAGAAGAUUGAACACGAUGGUCCAUGCGAGUUCAUGUCUGAUGUGGAACUCAUGCAUCGUGCUUGCGAACACGGCGAUGACGAACUGGUAGAGCUGUUUAUCGAAGAAGGAGCCGAUGUCGAUGAGCUGGUAAUUUGGGAAAAUUCUCAGCGGGAGACGUUGGUUGUGAAAGCUGCUAGGCUCGGACACCUUGAAAUCGUGAAGGCAAGCCUGAAGGAGUUUGAUGAGUUUGACAACUAUGGCGGCAACGCCUUCAAGGUGGCGGCCGGAAAAAAUCAUUUCGAUAUCGUGUUUUACAUGCUCGAUGAGUUCGAACAGCGACCUCCUGAUUGUGUUGAGGAGUAUUCUCCUGACACACUUUGCCAGUAUGUCAAUCUGGAACAGGCUUAUCAUGGAGCUGUGUUAAACCGGAACACUGAAGCUGCGAGAACUCUUUGGCGAGAUCAUGAUCAGUACAAGGGCACACGCGAUAAGCGAUUCUACUAUUAUCCAUAUUCCAGAGCUAUUGAGAUGGGACAUGGUGAGAUGAUUGAGCUAUUUUUGAAGGGGGUGGGAAUGGAUGUUGAUGAGUAUCCAAGAAAGAAGGGUAGCGACGGCGAAAGUGUGGCGAACACCAAAACGCCAUUGAUCGAAGCAUUGAGGUCAAGAAAGAUGGAGUCAAUUGAGACUCUGUUAAAGCUUGGGGCACGGCCUAUAGAUUUUGGUGAUGAGGAUGUGAGGGAGAGAACUCGCAUCGGAAGAAUGACGCCGGAGACGGAAAGAGCCCUUGAGAUAUGUGCAAAAUGGGAUAAUAGUCUAGCGGAGGAGAAACUGGCGGAACUGAAGAAGGAGCUUGGUUGGGAGUAG